UCGAGUGAGGCCGAUGAGUGCCGCUAGGAGUUCGUAGCUUCCGAAUCAGGAGAGGAUCAAGCCCCAGCCAGUCGGCCAAAUUUCUUUCCAACCGGUGCCAAACCGUCAUGACCGGAUGCGAGGUAAACCGUGAUGAGGUGGACCAUCAGUCGGCCCGCACCCGCAUUACUACUACUACUACUGUGUAAGUGAUGCUUGCGGUGGCCCACGAUGCUCAUCUCGCCCGUCUCUGUUUCAGGAGUUACGAUGCACGGGCUGAGUCACCUGCCAGCCGGCUCAACCCUGGAGGCACUUACGUUGUCAACGAUCAUUCUCAUCUUAGCGGUCGCCAUCAUCGUAGGCAAUCUCAUUGUAGUAGCCACAUAUCUUAACUUUAAGGGUCCCCACGAGGUUAUCAACUAUUACCUGCUGUCACUGGGCGUUGCCGAUCUACUAUGCGGUCUGUUCAUUGUGCCUCUGUACGUCUAUCCAGCAUUCGCCGGCGAAUGGGUGUACGGGGACGUGCUGUGCCGAAUAGUCGGGUACCUGGAGGUCACCCUCUGGUCCAUCUCAGUUUACACCUUCAUGUGGAUAUCUGUCGAUCGGUAUCUGGCAGUUAGGAAACCGCUGCGCUAUGAAACGAUACAAACCAAAACAAGAUGCCAAUGCUGGAUGGCGUUCACGUGGAUUUCGGCCGCGAUGCUAUGCUGUCCACCGCUGCUUGGCUACAACGAAGCCAGAUACAACCAAGAGACCCACAUCUGUAUGCUCGAGUGGGGCAACAUGGCUGCCUAUAGUGCAACGCUGGCAAUCCUGGUCCUGGGGCCGAGUGUAAUCUCGAUCGGCUACAACUAUGGUUACAUAUUUACCAUGAUGCGUAAGGUGCGAUCGGGAGCACCGAUCCAUGAUAAGGAGUACGCCACGGCACUGGCCGAGAAUCUGGCCAAUCCGAGCCACUGUAUGUCAUUUGCAUUGGUGUUCUCCUUCUGGAUCUCGUGGGGUCCGUACAUCCUGCUGCGGAUCUACGAGCUGGUGAUGAGGGAACCGUACGACCAUCCGAUGGUCCAGUUCGGGGCAGUCUGGCUGGGGAUCCUCAACUCGUUCUGGAAGAUCAUCAUCAUGACCAGCAUGUCGCCGCAGUUCCGGCUCCUGGUGCGGUUACUGUUCCUCACCAUCUGUUGCAAAACCAAGGGCCGGCUACAGUUGGAACUGAUCGGGCUGGAUCCGGACGACUAAGGCCAGGCUCUGCUCGGAGAAAUACAGCAACCACUACCAAAAUGUCAUUCCCUCUUCAAAGAGAAACGAGCAAAAUUCCACCACCCAGCAUCCCUCAAUGUGACAUUUAGCACAGAACAUCUUCCGCUGGGAUAUGAUGAAGAAUUAGACGAAGAAGAAGAAGAAGACAAAGAAUAUGAGAACCGAUAGCAUUACUACUUACACUAGAAAAAAAAAACAACAA